GUCUUCCCGACCGGGAAGUCUGGGAGAUGUAGUCUUCUUAGGCUCGCCAGGCUGCGGGUUGGCGUUCGGGUUGAUGAUCAUCCCUCCGGUGCUCCCUCAGCGUUCCGCUUUGGUUUUUCUCCCUCCUCCCCGUGCCAGGCCAAGCCACUGGAUCCUGGCUCUCGUGUCGGGCCCGCGACUGAGUGCGCUCGGGCUCCGGCAUGCGCAGAGGUGUGGUGAGGGAGGGACUCAGGUCGGGUGUGCUUGGGAUGCGCUGAGCCGUGCACACGGCGUGAGAACCUGGACCGCCCUGCGCGCUAACCUGAGAUUACAAGAGCGCCAUUUUGCGGUACGGAAGUGACAAUGCAGCCGUCUUUCCCUGAAACCUUCCGGAGUAACGUCACGCCUGGUUUUAUCUGGGAAAAGGAGACCCCUAGGCAUGUCCAGGCCAUCCCUCAUCGCAUUUACCCCAGCUGCCGAUCCCAGUGACCUCUGGAAGGAUGGGCAGCAGCAACCACAGCCCGAGAAAGCAGAGCCCGUUCUGGAUGGGGCUGCGGCCCGGGCCUUCUAUGAGGCUCUGAUUGCAGAUGACAGUUGUUCCUCUGAGCCCCAGAGAGCUGAACCUACCAGGGAGAGAAAGCGGAAGAGAAGGAGAGUGACGAGGGAGCCUCCUGCAGCAGCAGGAGUCCCGAGACAAGGAAGAUCACUUGAGGAUGAAGACAAGAUGACCCCGUGGAUCCUGCUGGCAGCCCAGAAUGGGGAUCUGACAGAACUUCGGAGGCUCCUGGAACCCCAAGAGGCAGGGGGAGCUGGAGGGAAUAUCAAUGCCCGUGACGCCUUCUGGUGGACUCCCUUGAUGUGUGCUGCCCGAGCAGGCCAGGUUGCAGCUGUGCGCUAUCUCUUGGGCCGAGGGGCUGCCUGGGUCGGAGUCUGUGAACUGGGGGGCAGAGAUGCUGCUCAGCUGGCUGAAGAGGCGGGCUUCCCUGAGGUAGCCCGCAUGGUCAGAGAGAGUCACGGAGAGACAAGGAGUCCCCAGAACCAGAACCGCUCUCCCUCCUCCCCCCAGUUCUGUGAGGACUGUGGAGCCCACUUUGAAGAUUCCAAUCACCGCACAUCUACUGCUCACCUGCUGUCACUGUCCAGGAGACCCCAGCCCUCCAACCUUCCCCUUGGGGUGCCCACUUCCAGUCCUGGCUUCAGGCUGCUGCUAAGAGGUGGCUGGGAGCCAGGAAUGGGACUAGGGCCCCGGGGUGAAGGCCGGGCCAACCCUAUUCCCACCAUCCUCAAAAGGGACCAGGAAGGAUUGGGCUACAGAUCUCCACCCCAGCCCCGAGUCACACACUUUGCAGCUCGGGAUACCCGGGCUGUGUCUGGGAGGGAGAGAGUACCUCGAGUUGCCACGCAGAGUCAGAGGGAGAACAGAAGGCAAGAAGAGAAGGACCGAGCCUGGGAGCGAGAUCUAAGACUAUACAUGAACCUUGAGUUCUGACCGAUACGGACUGGGCCUGGUCUGUCACUGGCUGGACUUGGGCCUCUGACUUGGACUUCCAGACCCUUGGGCCUUGGCUCUUGGGCUCUGCUUUUCAAGAGAAGGGCCGAGACCUGGGAGAUAAAUAAACUUCCUUCCUUGUG